ACAUGUCCGCCCCGAAUCCUCGCGAUUUGCGACGACUGUAGCUUGUGCAGUAAUUGUGGGUUUUGCCAUUAAACUGUGCAACCAGACGCCGCCGAGCCCGAUGGCUUCUACAAUUGUCAAUGGAAGGCGAUGUUCUUGUUGCACAAUAUUCUGCAGAGCUCCUUUACAUGGGACUUUAGCCAUUGUUUGUCCUCUCGUGGUGCGCUUCAGGAGGGUUAGUAGGUAUGUUGCGAUCGCAGUCUGGAUGGCUACUGUCGAGACUGUCUUCGUGGCUGCAUGCCAUCCGACCGGGUAGAAUUCUAUCUGCGAUCGCGCGUCUAAUACUGCUGAUUCCUUCACGAUGACGAGCAAUGGUAUGGGUGCGAAGCAUGUUCUCCUGGUCAGCGUAGUUGUAUUGUUGCUAACAGGGGCGACAUACUUCACCAUCUCUCCACAUGGGUACACUGUUUCUUUUCCCGGCCGCAAGGCCUUUCCGGGGUUUAAACUCGUAAAGAACAUGGUUUCCGAAGAUAAUGUUCAAGUGGAAGGUACGAUGGACAGCACGGCAGACUCCACAGUCGUCGGAAACGUGGUGGAAGUAGUGGAGCCUGAGCAAGAAGGCACAAGUGGAAUUGAAAUCGUGGGACCAACAGAUGCCACUGAUUUCAGCAUUGUGAUUGUGGAAUUAGAAGCUUUGACUGCAGAAUCUGUCGAGUCUGAGACAGUCUCAGAGGACACAAGUGAGGGCGACCAGCAAUGGAACCAGGAAGGCCAAACUGGGGCCGUGCAAGCAGAAGACAAUAUGGAUCUUUUUCUAGAAAUUCAAAAGAAUGAUGGGAAAGUUUCACAGCUGCAGACUGCAACCAGCACCGAAGAAACUUUAGUUGAAACGAGACCACAGAGGGUAAUGUUGGAAUCUGAUGAUUCCAGUACGCAUGCUUUCAUUCCCGAUCCUAAUCGCAGACCACAGGAAUUUGUAAGCUACCUCCAAAAUCUGGAUUUGAAACACAGGAAAGUGGAGGCGGUCAUUCAAAAGUGUAUCAAAGAGGAAGGGUGUGGCACGGUUGAGUAAGGGGUUGAAUCAUCCACAGCAGUGUUGUCCUGGCUUGAUCACAAGCCUGGCAGAAGGUUUGUUCUCAUGUGCUUGCUGGAGGAUGUUCGUAGGCUUCCGCAUCGAUGCUUGAAAGAUUUUAUGCGAGGUUUGCACUGUAGAAGAUGAUAAAGCUGCUAUUCGACAACGCUGGAUCGAAGACAGCAGAUUUCAUGUGGAUAUCAGCAAGAAUCUGCCGCUGGGAUUAGCUGCAUAAACUGUCAAGCGUUAAUUGAAGAAAAUUGUUUCUUCUUGUGAUGUGCUCACAUGAUGCUAAAGAUUGAAAUUGACAUGGCCGAAAAUUUGCUUGAGGACCAUGACAUAUUUGUUUGAAUUGAGAAUUCAUUACAUAUCUUGGCCCACUUUCUGUUUGUUCACUGAAUAGAAAUAAGAUUGGUGGCUCCAUAAUCGUA